GUAAACGCAGUUCCAACGGCACGGACUUUCAAACUGGAUUCCCAGUACGGUUGUUUGUAGUUCGGUUGCACGGACGUCUGCCGUUUCAAGAUUUUAUUUCUGUAUUUCUUUUCAAGCUUUAAGAUUGUGAUCGAAGGCAUCGAGGUGAAGUCUUCCUGGUGCAAAUAUGGAAAGGGGCUCUGCUGAUACAUACACACUGGAUUGCCCAAAUCAUGUCAUAGAGUCUAUAGAUGAUUUCUUGGACCUUAAAGAUAAUGCAGAUCAGUGGUUUGAUUUAAAGGCAGCUCCUCAGACUGGUGCCAUGGAGCAGCUCAUCACGCCUUCACGGACAACAAAGCCUUUUGCUGAAACCCUUGAUGACAGGCCCAAAGCUAUGGUAGCUCCUAUGGUCAAACAAGGGGAGACCAUGAUCUCAGAAAGCACAUCUGCAAAUCCCCCAUCUAAUAUUGUCACAUCAUGGGGGAACGGCAGAACUACUGCGGCGCCUGCUCAGAACCAUAAAGCUGUUCCUGCUCAACCACGCAGAGUAUCAAAACGGCCUGUGCCCAAAAACGAUAAGCCCACAGCUCCUACAACACCCCCUGCUGUUAAAAAAAGAAGAGUUGUACCAGCAGCCACGGCAAGGAGAGUUGUUAAGCGGCGAAGAAGCUCAACAUCCAGAUCAGCUCGACGCAGCAGUGCUGUGAGGAACAGUGUAAGACUGAGGAACAAACCUGUUGCAACAAAGACCUCAGCUGCCAUCUCACAUGAUGUGUCUGCCCAUAAUGCCACCCAACAGAAAAGCACAGAACAGCAGGAGAUGGAGCGCAUUGAAGCUCUUCAGAAAGAGGUGGCCGAACACCGGCGGAAGAAUGAAGCUAGCUAUAGGGCUGCACUGGCUGGUAGCCAGCCACCGAAAAAGCAAGUUUUGUCCACCACCAUUCCCAAAGAGUUUAACUUCCGUUCAGAUGCCAGGCUGAAGAACCACACGGAUGGAUCUUCUAUGGAAGACCACACUUACAAGGAAAUGAACUUCAACUCUCAGCUCCGCAAACACCCAUCUUCCCCCUUGAAGGCUCCAAAGGGAACAACCAUUCCCAAACCCUUCAACCUUUCCAGAGGCAAACGAAAGCUAGAGGAGGCAGGCAGCUACGUGCCAAUGGCCCAGCAGAUUGAGCAGUUCGAGAAACGAACACCCACCCGUUAUCACCUGCGCAGCAGGCAGACCCAGGAGAGAGGACCAUCACCAGUAAAGACUGAUAAACUGAAGAUCACACACCCUAAAACUCCACAGCUGAUGACUCGUCAGAGGCAUCGGCCCACCACGAUGAAAAGCACUGCGGAGAUUGAAGCCGAGGAAGCAGAGAAACUGAGGCAGUUUAAAUUUAGGGCGCUAGAACUCAACCGAAAAAUUCUACAAGAGGCUAUUGUACCCAAAAAGCCAGCGGUUAAGGAAGCCACUCGACCAGAGGGCUUCCAGCUUGAGAUCGAGAAGCGCCUUCAUGAGAGACAUGCUAACAAAAAGCCUGAUGAACCAGAGGAUCACACUUUCCAUUCCAGACCUCUUCCAACCCGAAUUCUGGAGGAAGUUGUGGGUGUCCCUGAGAAAAGGGUGCUCAAUCCAACUGUACCCGAAUCCCCAGCGUUUGCUCUUAAAAACAGAGUGCGGAUUGAAAAGAAACCGGAAGAGGAGAAGCCUCCUGCUCCGAUUAAGGCACUCGCUGUGCCCCAUUUCCUACCCUUCCAGCCCAAAAUUCCAGUUAAGAGCCAGUUGGAAAUGUGCCCAUUUUCAUUCGAGGAACGUGAGCGGGAGCGAAGAGCAAUGAAGGAGAAGAAAUUGGAGGAACUGAGAAAUGAAGAGGUGCCAAAAUUCAAGGCCCAACCCCUUCCUGACUUCCAUGAAGUACACCUACCUGAGAAAAAGGUACUGGAGCCCACCAAACCUGCUCCAUUCAAGCUGAUGGCUGAUGAACGAGGAGCAGUGAAAGGUGAACGCUGGGAACAGAUGAUGAGAGAGGAAUUGAAACAUCAGGCUGAAGCAGCUUGUUUUAAGGCUCGACCAAACAUGAUUACCCAUAAGGAGCCUUUUGUACCAAAGAAGGAGAAUCGGUCCAUUCUGGCCAAUACUACUAAUUCUGCAGUUCCAGAGGGUUUCCAGUUGUUGACAGAACGGCGGGCAAAGGAACGUUUGGAGUUUGAGAAGGAGUUGUGCGAGAAGGAGGCGCUGAAGGCUCGCAUGGAGGAGGAACGUGCUAGAGAACAAGAAGAACGAGAAAAGGAAGAGAUUGCAAGGCUACGGCAGGAACAGGUGCACAAAGCCCAGCCAAUCAAACAUUACAAGCCUGUGGAAGUGAAAAAGAGCGGGGCGGCCCUUACAGUGCCACAAUCUCCCAAUUUUUCAGAUCGUUUCCGCAUGUAAAAUGCAUUACAUCGACUUAAUUGUACAUACUUGUUUUUUAUAUGUAUUGCUUUUUAUUAGACCCUUUGCAAUACGGACUAUUCAAAAUUUCGUAUACCAGGUUUUUCUUUCCUGUGGCUUACGUUUAAGCCUCCUAUGGUUUGUUAUUUUAUUUUUUAGCCUAGAUAAUAAGCUUUUACAAGGUUUGUGAUGUCCGCCUAUAAUAGAUAUUUCAAUUUUCUCUGUAUAUGCGAUAUAUUUUUCUGUCCUUUUUAACUUUUCUUCCAUUGCUUAUAAUAAAGAAA